AUGAAAACCCAGUCGCAGUUCUCCGUUGUUCGCCAGGACACUGAUGAUGAUCCACGAAGAAGCAUCGAACUGCUCGCCGUGGCCGACCACCACAGCGACUCAAAGCCCGAUACGCCUCGCCAAUGGCCUCAAAAGGAUCGUAUGGCUACCCUACGCGAGAAAUGGUUACCCUUUCCUUGGCGAGUGACUUUCGUCGUCCUGGCGCUGCCUCUUGCGCUUGCCGGUAUUGUCGUCCUCGCAGCCGCGGCGGAAACGGCAUCGCAAAGUUACAUCAUGGGACGAGACUGCUACCCGAAUGGUCUGUGGAAAGAAGCUACUGGAGCAACAUGGCGCAUCAUGGAUUCCUCCUACUUCUUCACGCCAAACCUGAGUUUUGGAGCGAUGACUUUUACACAAGUAAAAGUUAUUGAUAUAGCCUGGGAUCUGAUCAUUGGAAGAGGUGGACAGCUCUUAUUGGCAUGGGCGAAUUACCGCGUCUUCAACGAGUGGUUGGUAUAUCAUAUGGAGAUGCAUCACACAUCUUACAAACUUUAUGCCGCCGUAGCCUUCGAAACAACAACAAUGGGCACGCUCGGUGUCCUGGGGAAAGAAUUCUUGGCCUUUGGGGCGGGCACCUGGAAGCGUUUGUUCCGAUGGCUGGCGAUACUCUCGAUGCUCCUAUCCACCUUCUACGUAAUAUCGUUCCCAACUUUGAUGGCAGCCAUGACAGGUUACAUCGCGACUUACAAGCCGUAUAUUGAAGACUCCGACCAGAACCUCCUCGAGUGGAGCCAGGUCAAGCAGGUGGCUUAUAUUAUCAACGACGCUCACAGGCUGAACGGUUUCGAUGGGCCACUUAUUGCUACAACGGAUGAUGAGCCGCUUGUUCGUGCCAUCGGCGAUCACUUCAAUCAGUUCCAAAAUUGGACUUCUACACUGGAACUGAACGGCAUGCCUGUUCCUACUUUCGGCUUUAACAUUACCGAUGGAGUGAGGAACCCUAACUUAACGUGCGAGUUCUUGCUAGAAGGCGUGAAGACCUCACUAUUCCGGAGCCUCCAAAUCACAGUGUUCGACGAUGAAUAUCGAGGACUGAACUCUGGCAUCGCGCUAAAGGAAAACCUCGCGUAUCAAUACGCUUUCGAAAAGCGGCCAGACACGGAACACUCCUACAAUGCGACUUACUUGCUGGAGCAUGGAUCCUGCAAACCCAGUGAGACGUACCAAUGGGGAUUCUCUUAUAUCUUCCUCUUCAUGGUCUCCAUUUUCAACUUCCUCUGGGUCUGUAUCAUGGUCGGUAUGUGGCUCGAUACACGACGGGGAUCCAGGAUGUAUGGGAGUGGAAGGAGACCUGGCCUUUUGCGCAGCAUCAUGGAUUACUCGGCUGCGAUACGAGAGGAGCUGGGUAGUGAGGCCGACCAUCUGGAAGAAAAUGAGCUGCGGGAACGUCUGAAACAGAGUAGCGGAGCGCUAGUUGUGGAGAAGACUGAGCUCAGGGUGACGCGUACGAGUACUGGGGUGGAAACGAGGAAGGGAGGUUGGAAGCGAAGUCUUACCAAGGGAAGCACAUUUUAA